AAAGAAAGAUUUGGCAGCUAGCACCCAUGACACUACACGUAUAUCGACUUUGAUGAAAAGAAGUAAAGGAGAGAGAAUCCUUGUUGCCCGUACAUUAAAUUAUAACUUUACAAGAGUCUAGUGAAGUCGGUUCGUGCCACAUCUUAUGUGUCAUAACACACAGAGCGACACACAAUCAGGUACAAAGUAGGCUAAACUUAGCCAAGCUGAUGAUUGAUCGUGUCCUGUUUUGCUUCUUGUCAUCUUGAUUUAUUCGGUGGGUAAUUAAGUUGGUAUUUGGAAGAGAAGAUAUGAUGUUGAGGAUUGCAAAGCCUAAAGUCUGUUUCAGAGGCUUAAUAGCUCCAAUUUUGGGGCCAGCUAUUUUGACUCGGAGAAGUUAUUCAUCUGGAGUUAAGCAGAUGAUGGUGAGAGAAGCACUAAAUUCUGCUCUUGAUGAGGAAAUGGCAGCUGAUCCUAAAGUAUUUUUAAUGGGUGAAGAGGUUGGAGAAUAUCAAGGUGCUUACAAGGUCUCGAAAGGACUCUUGCAGAAGUAUGGCCCAGACAGGGUUGUUGAUACCCCAAUUACUGAGGCUGGAUUUACCGGACUUGCAACCGGAGCUGCAUAUUAUGGACUUAGGCCUGUAUUAGAGUUCAUGACCUUUAACUUUGCCAUGCAGGCAAUGGACCAUCUGAUUAACUCUGCGGCCAAAACAAACUACAUGUCUAGUGGAAAUAUUAGUGUUCCUAUUGUUUUCCGAGGACCGAAUGGUGCUGCUCUAGGUGUUGGUGCUCAGCACUCUCAGUGUUAUGCACCGUGGUAUGGCUCUGUCCCUGGCUUGAAAGUUGUGGCACCAUAUUCAUCUGAAGAUGCAAGAGGACUUCUAAAAACAGCAAUCAGAGACCCUGAUCCAGUUGUUUUUCUUGAGAAUGAAUUAUUGUAUGGUGAGUCUUUUCCUGUGUCGGACGAAGUUCUUGAUCCUAACUUCACCCUACCUAUAGGGAAAGCAAAAAUAGAGAAAGAGGGGAGAGACGUGACAAUUACAGCAUUCUCAAGGAUGGUUGGCUAUGCUCUCAAGGCUGCAGGGACACUUGCGAAGGAGGAUAUAGAUGCUGAGGUCAUUAAUAUUAGGUCAAUCAGGCCAUUAGACAGAUCUGCCAUCAAUGCUUCGGUGAGAAAAACUAACAGGCUGGUUACUGUUGAAGAUGGAUUUCCUCAACAUGGUGUUGGUGCUGAAAUCUGUGCUUCAGUUGUCGAGGAAAUAUUCGAGUACCUUGAUGCCCCAGUUGAAAGAAUUACUGGUGCAGAUGUUCCAAUGCCUUAUGCUGCCAAUCUUGAAAGAAUGGCUCUUCCACAGAUUGAAGACAUUGUUCGAGCAGCCAAGAGGGUGUGUUACAGAUCUUUGCCAAUGGCAGCUGCUGUUUGAGUGUGUAACCUUUGACGGCUCGUAGGUUCUAUAAAAUAAAUUUGUAGAUGUUUGCCAUUGUCAAUUUGUGCUUUUUAUUGCUUGAGAGGAAAUAAUGUAGCGAAUUGGCAGAGAGAGUUCAAAACUGAUAAUAUUGGGCAAAGAAUAAUGUUGUGGGAAUGAUAUUGGACAGAAUAUAUGCUAAGACAUUCACGGAUGAGGAAGCGCUGCUGCCUGAGGGAUAAUUUGAAGCUUUGAAUUUUUGAAGUGGCGUUUGAUGUAACGUGAAAUCAGUUGAUUCCGAGCAUAUAUCGAAGAUGAUAAAGGGAUUGAAUUUGAUGCCCACUUGAUGCUUGAGAUAGACAUUAUGCGCCGGUAUGUAUAACUAAUACAAAUAGUUUAAUGCAUUGCGAAUUAGUUAUGGAUUCACGAUUGAUUAUGAUCAUGUGUAGUGAGAUAUGAAGAUAUUUGAGCCAGGAAUCUUUAAAGAAGUGGUCCCUUUCCACUUUCCAGUGGAUGUUUACUUCCUCA